GCUCCGAAGGGCCUACGACCCAUCCGAGUGGUUGGAUGGAAGUGUCGUCUCCAUGAAGAACUUCGGCAUCUUCGUGGACGCCAUCCAUGAUGUUCGGGUGAUGAUUCCUGUCGGUUACAUUCCAGACACCCUGCUCCUCAAUGGAACGCCGGACCUGGAUGUUGGCAGCACCGUACAGUUCCGCAUCUGUGGCUACCGUGGCAAGGACCACAAAGGCCAAGACCGCUUUAGCUGCUCCAUGCUUCCGCCAGCACCCCCGAAGGAGGAGGAAGAGAGGAGUACUGGCAAAGGUAAGGGCAAGAUGCAGAAGGGCUCAAAAGGCGGCGCCGACCGUGGCCGGAAAGGUGGGGCUGCGAAUGGCGAGCAGACCUCAGGCUACUCCGUUUGGGUACCCGACCGUGUGCUGGAAAGUGAAAGCACCCUCGCGCGGCAGGAGAAGUUUGAGGUGAAUGCUCUGCACGCCACAUACCUUGAGGAACAGUACGGACAGACAGACCGCAGGGCCACGCUGGCGAGAAAAGGCUUCACGGUGGUUGACUAUGCGACUUCCUUGCAGUUGGCCCAGGCCAUCAAGCCCAAGACAGAAGUCAAAGCUGAUGUGACCACUGCACUGAAGCCGACGCCGGUGUGGCUUACUUUCGAAAGCCGCC